GCUAGUUGUCGGCCCAGAGGCCCAGUCAAAGCCUACUCUCCUUCUUUCUCUCUCUAGUCUCUCUGCCCAUCUCUCUCCCCGCAGGCUGCUGCUCCGUGCUCCCUCCCCAGAGAGAGAGAAACCCUAGCUCGCGGCUCGCCGGAUGGAUCCUCAGCAGCCGGAACCGGUCAGCUACCUCUGCGGAGAUUGUGGAGCCGAGAACACGCUGAAGCCGGGUGAUGUGAUCCAGUGCCGCGAGUGCGGCUACCGCAUCCUCUACAAGAAGCGGACCCGCCGAAUUGUCCAAUAUGAAGCGCGCUGAAGAAAAGGGAGCCAUGUUGGUUGUGCCUCAAGCAGUGUAACAGGCCGCCUGGGGGAAUGAAUGACUCGUGGUGAUUCGUAUGGUAACUCGUGUGUACUAGGUUGUAACGGUGCACUGUACUGCACCUGGAAGCGUUGAAACACUCGGAAAUGUGGAUGGGUGUCAGAUAUACCCUAUAAGUAUUGAAAUAGUAUGAUUGCUUGGAACCUAAUAAGUGGGGGUCUUUUGCGCCUUGCUUUGCGCUGUUAAGCUGCUGGUCUCGCCAUACACCAGCUGCGGCACCCGUCAGGCUUUUGAGUUUUGAA